CCUGACAAACAACAAGCGAGGAAGCUGUCUCACUCCGAGAGAAGACCAGACCUGUAUGCUGAAACGCUCUUCUCUCCUGCCGCAGACAAAGCCUCUUCACCAUGGGGCGGAUUGGCAAGGAAGUGGCAGGUCAGGUCAUAAGCUUCAUAGGCUUCAUUGGGGUGGCGGUGACCACUGGGAUCCCCAUGUGGAGAGUGACCACCUUCAUUGGAGCCAACAUCGUGACGGGCCAGAUCAUAUGGGACGGCCUGUGGAUGAACUGCGUGAUGCAGAGCACCGGGCAGAUGCAGUGCAGUCUGAGUGACUCGGUUUUGAGGCUGUCCAACGAUCUGCAAGCCGCCCGAGCCCUGGUCAUCAUCUCCCUCCUCUUCGGCUUCAUCGGCUUCAUGGUCACCUUCAUUGGAGCCAAGUGCAUGGGCUGCCUGAAGAAAGACUCAUCAAAGGCCAAGGUGGUGAUCAUAGGCGGCUGUCUCCUCAUUGUUGCCGCCGUCCUAGUCCUGAUCCCCGUCUGCUGGUCUGCAGCCGUCACCAUCACAGACUUCCAGAACCCUCUGACCAUCGAGACACAGAGGAGGGAACUCGGAGCCGCCAUCUACAUCGGCUGGGCCGCCGCUGCCCUUCUUCUGGUCGGUGGGAUCAUCCUAACCACGUCCUGCCCUCCUCAGAAACGCUUCUAUGGAUACCCAGGCUUCCCACCAGCACCACCGUACCCCUACGGACCAAACUCAGCAACGUAUGGCCCUGUGUAUGCCCCCCCAUCCAGCCGACCAUACACAGGCACUGGGUCAUACGUACCUGGCAAACCGUAUGCAGCACCAACCGCAUACUCUCCCAGACAAUACCUCUAAAAACUGAAAGGACAGAAAGAGGAUAAAGACUGAGAUUUUAGCCACGAUGGUUUCAGCAACUUGUUAUGCCACUAGAAAGUAAAAUAGCACCAAAAUACACAUUAUACUUCUAGAGGAUGGUGUGUAUUCUAAUAUAUUGUUGGUAUUUAAAAUUAAUUCAAUCCAUGUGAUCUUUUGAUUAUCAUCAAUCAUUCAUAAAAUGUUUUCUCUGUUGGACUGAUUUAAAGCAGAAAUCUUCCUAGUUUAUGAUGUCUUGAUUUCAGAUGAAUAUUAUGUCAACAUGGCUGUGUGCACUGAGAGUUGCAUUUCUUUUCAAUGGUUCAAGGAAGUCACUGUCGAUAUAUUUAUUUCCCUGUCAUACAGAGCCUGAUUUUGUAAAUAGUGAUGAUUUGUGAUGUUUGUUUUCUGCAAAUGAAACUUUAUUUUUUAAAGAUGUUCAAUAAAAUGUUUGAAAAAUA